GCUGGUCAGUUAGCUCCGCUGCUGUAAACAGACGGUGUCGGGAAACUGAGCUGAACUCCGGAUGAAUCCAACCACAACCCGGACCGACUGCGAGAAAACCACAAUGGUAAGACGGCUAAUGUUUUCUGUCUACUUUUAAGGUGAUUUUUUUACUCUAUAGGAUGUUUUUGAGGUGUUUAAGGUAGUGUUGAAGCCCUCAGUUUCACCUCGACCCACUUCAGGAACAGUUUUACCUGAGUGACAGACAAAAGAGUGGGAGAAACUUGGACCUGAGACACUUGUGGAUCAUAUUUAAGCUGUAAAAGAUGUAAAAGGCUGUUUAAUAUAGUUUAUCUUUUGUUUUUACUGUUCCAACUUUGUCGUUCACACUUUGCGGAUAGGGGAGACCGGGGAAAGUUGUGACAUUUUUUUGCGUUUCCUCUGUUACCUACUUAGAGUCAGAUUGGAUUACACAACAACAUGUGAAACUAUUUAACUUACGUCUGUCUGCUAAUUAUAUACCUUUUAAAGUGAUUCAUUUGAACUGUCAGGAGAUAGAAAGUGCAACUGGGGACAUCUCAUACUAGUUGCGACAUUAAACAUGGACAGUUAACAUGAUAGUGAUUCGAUCAUUACCUGCUUUUUGUGGCUUAAAAUGUAUUGUACACAAGAAAUAUGCAUCUUUCACCAUAAUACUACUUAAAGUUACUUAAAAACAAUUUUUAAAAAGUUGUGAUGGUGUAUAAAAAUAAUUGAAAACUGAAUUUUGUGGUUUGCAAGUAAUUUGGACACUUUAUUUACAUGUAAGAGUGCAAAAACAGCAUAUGAGGUGAUCAAAUUGAAUAUCUUUGUUGUUUUAUGGUAAUCUGUUAAUUUUUAAAGGACAUUUCUGCUAACAUUGAAUAAAAGUUGAAUAAAAAAGUCAAAUUUUGGACAGUUUUCCAUGAGCUUGAGCCCAGACAGAUUCCUGAUAUUUCUGGAUCAUGUUUAUCUACAGCACCUUCUUUGCAUUUUAUGAUCACACAGUGGAAAACCUCUCUUUCACUGUUUAACCAUCUGUUUUUACUGUUUGUACCUGAGGCACUGAAUACAUUAAGCUUAAACAAAUAUCCUUAACUGUGUUUUUCCCAGCACUGAGUGAACAUUUCCAGACUUUGGGUUCACAGAAGAGGGACCACAACAUUUACUGGAUUUUUAAAGUCAUACAACAAGGUAGGAGACAUCUUUUUGAAUAAAUACAGAGCAUCUCUGACAGUUUAUAUGACCAAGAAAGAGUGUCAUCAUAAUUGUUGAGUUGGAGUUAUUUUCUAAUUGUCCGUUUUUUCCGCCCGAGUCGCGUGACUGUUUACUAAAACUUCCUCCUCCUGUUCGCUCUGAAUAAAUCAUGUCAGUCAAGUGCUGUCCACUCGUGCUUCUCACAGGUCCUCUCCGGUGUCCACAAUGACCACCCUUGAGGACGCUGACAUGCACACCUUCGGCCCUGAGCUGCCUGCUAUGUUCGACGGCGUAAAGCUGGCGGCGGUGGCGACAGUUCUCUACAUCAUCGUCCGCUGUCUGAACCUCAAGAGUCCUACAGCCUCACCUGAUGUCACCUAUCAGGACACGCCGCUCAGCCGCUACCUGCUCAAGUCCUGCCCGCUGUUGACCAAAGAGUGAGUGUUGAAGUCCAUGAUCAGUACUAACACUCUUUUAUUGAGACGGACAGACUUGCUCCACAGUUGUCAGUGAAUUCAGGGCUGGUGAAAUGUCGGAUACAGUCGAAUCACAGUGAACAGAAUUUGACCUUCCUCAUUCUUUAUCACUGACUCCUAUACUCAAGCUGUUUGUAGCUCAAACAUGCACAAUGUCAACUUUACUGCAUUACGUAAGUGGAAAAAAAAGAAGGAGUGGAGAAGGAUCACUUUUUUUCCCUCAUGGUCGGACCUGCGCUGUGUCGAGCCCAGACUGGAGGAAUUAUUGCCCAAUGAGUCACGGAAAUCUCAAAAUACAGAGAGGUUCGACGCAACCAUUUCUGAGAAUCCACUCCAAGCAGUUAAAUCAGAUUUGCCGAGCUGCGACUGGUGCCAGAGAGCACUUCAUAAAUCUUUGGUUUAACCGUAUGUGGUUCGACUUCCUCCACAUAAAAAGACUCACAUGUGGAAAACUGAUCGAGCUGCUCUCCAGGUUUUUUUGUUUAUGUCUUGAGUGGUAGAUCCCUUUUUUUUUCCUCCAUACAUUUAUUUCGACAUCACUUGCCUGCUCUUGCUGUUAAUCCUACUGCUGCUACAAACAUACAUGGGAAUUAAAUAUCUAAAGUUUCAUAAAUAGGAGGAAUUUGAUCAUAUUUAAAGGGCUCUGCAGGUCUGUCUCCUCUCUGCCCACCUCCUGUAGUUUGCGUCUGCAGGAGGUCCGUCUGCUGAGAGAUAAUCUUUGCAGACACUCUCCAAACAUCUUCCUGCUCGAGGUUUCAGCUGUAACCUGAUAUUUAUCUCACCCUCUCUUCAGAUACAUUCCUCCCUUGCUGUGGGGUAAGAGCGGUCACCUCCAGACGGCUUUGUACGGCAAAAUGGGCCGUGUCAACACGCCAACGCCCUGCGGGGUCCGCAAAUUCCUCCCAAUGCAUGAUGGGGCCACGGCGACCUUUGACCUAUUUGAAGCACUUGGAGAACACAGCUCAGGAGGUGAGAUACAAACAUAUUUAAUCACAUGAGCAUCCGGAUUUGAAAGAGUCAUUUCAGGUAUUUUAUGGGCGAUAAAAGAAUCAUAAUCAGUCUUUGUGAAACAUAAACCACAGAUGAAUAUUACUUAUCAAUAUUAACCAAAUAUUAAAGCUCCUAUGGGGAACUUCAUGUUUGUAUUGGCGCCACCUGUGGACGUGUGUUGUAAUAGUUUUAUCCGGUAACUCACAGUGAGUACUUGGUUCAGGAAAGAUAAAAUAAGUCUCAUCCGAUGCCUCCCCCUUACAGCCCCUGUAGUGUCACUGUCACAAAACUCCCUACUGUGGCUUUAAUCAAAUACAUUCUGACAUUUUUCUCUUGCUGAGUUUAAGACUGAGUUUGAGACUCUGUAGACACAAAACAAACUUCUUGGAGAUUUGGUCUGGAAAGACCAGCUCGGCUGUUUUACUCCAGCUGGUUGUUUUUUUUUAGAUCAUUUUUCUCCUGAGCUCGAUGUUCUUGUUUGGAUUUCGAGUUCUCAAACUAACGACAGUGAGCACGAGAAAGACUAAUGAACUCCCAGGAGGAGAAACGCUAUGCAACCAAUUAAGUCAACACACACACGCAUGAGAACCGGUUUUACGCUAGCACAUGAUUCCCCUUUGUUUUUCUGAGCAUGAGACCCUCUGGUGUGUGUGUGUGUGUGUAUAUUUCAGACGACAUUACCAUGGUGAUCUGUCCUGGGAUCGGUAACCACAGCGAGAAGAACUACAUCCGGACCUUUGUGGAUCACUCCCAGCGGCAGGGUUAUCGCUGUGCCGUCCUCAACCACCUGGGAGCUCUGCCCAACAUGGAGCUCACCUCUCCUCGCAUGUUCACCUACGGUAACAACGCGCUCAUGAUCACACACCGCAAAGUCAGGACGUUUAGGUCGCCUCAAUUACAGGAUGGAUUCAGCUUUACUUUGACGUUUUCCCUUAAUUUUCUUUACGUGAAAAAACACAGAAUAAAAGCAAUCUCUACAUGUUCCUCUCUCUCUCCUCUCUCAGGAUGUACCUGGGAGUACGCCGCCAUGGUGAGCUACAUUAAACGAGCUUUCCCGCAGACGCAGCUGGUGGUCGUGGGCUUCAGCCUGGGGGGAAACAUCGUCUGUAAGUACCUGGGUGAGAACCGAGCCAACCAGGAGCGAGUGCUGUGCUGCGUCAGCGUCUGUCAGGGGUACAGCGCCCUCAGGUUGGUGAAACAGAGGAUGAACAAACGUGUAAACUCAGACAUGAGGAUUCACAAGGAUUUGUGUAUCAAGUGUGUAUCUGUGUGUGUUUGUUUGUGUAGGGCACAGGAAACAUUCCUCCAGUGGGAUCAGUGCCGCAGACUCUACAACUUUGUUCUGGCGGGAAACAUGAAGAAGCUCAUCCUGUCACACAGGUGAAGAAACACAACAGUAGAUGACAAUGAAAGGGUUAAUGUGUAUGUGUUUGCAUGUAAACAUGAAGUCUCUGUCUCUUUAACAGGAGCACUCUGCUGAGACUGAACUCUACUAACAUCGGCGAUGCAGACAUGAGCCGUCUGUACGCCGCCACGUCUCUGAUGCAGAUCGACGAAAGCAUCAUGAGGUCGAGUUUGGGCCCGGAGGGAUUAUUAGAAGUCGACGGCUCAGGUUGAAUCUCCAUCGCUGAUGUUUGAUUGUGUUUGUCGCUGCAGGAAGUUUCACGGCUACGACUCUGUGGGGGAAUACUACGAGAAGGAGAGCUGCGCGCAUCACAUCCACAAAGUGAGUGAGAGAUAAGUCGACGUCAGAGCAAAUAUGAAACCUCAUAAACUGUGCCGUCCUCUUUUACAACAUGUCUACUUUUACAACUAUCUGUGUUACUCUUCAAACUCUUGCUAGUCUUUCUAACAUCAUUGUUUCCACCGUAACUUUGUUCCCUUACUGGUAACUGGGAAACUUUGAAGGAAAAGUUUCAGAUUUCUCCUCCUAAAAAAACAAGUAUAUUUGUGUUUAUUAGAGAAGUUAAAUAGAAGAUUAACAUCCUUCACAUAGACUGUAGAGUUAUAACUUUAAAGUUAUUCAUUAAGAUUAGCUAAAAGUUAAUGAACUGGUGUAAUAUCUUGUGUUGCAAUCUUUCUUUACUGUGAAUUUGCAGAUUUGUUGUGGUGCAAAGAUGAGGCAGGAAUUCAGCGACCUGGAAAACAACUGUCCUUUCACUCUAUUAAGUCUGAAACUGUACAAAUCAGCCUCAAGCUGAGGAUCUGCAUUUUUGAAGUUUCUUGACAGGAACAGUUUGUGCUUGAAGGGGAAGUGUCACUGUUUGUGUUUUUCUUGAACAGUGUUUUGUGUAAACUUCCUGGUCGAGUCAACGCCCUCAUAAUCCUCUGAAAACCACAAACGUCAGCCUGAAGAGUAGAGACAGCAGAGUGGUGUCAUUCCUCUUUCAAAACAUGUACAAUUAUUCCUCUAAUGAAUGAGUGAAUUAAAUAUGAAUCAAUAAAAAAAUGUAAAAUAGGGCUGGGCGAUAUGUCCUCAAAUCAAUAUCACAAUAUAUUGAUCAGUUCACCUCGAUAACGAUAAAUGGACGAUAACUACUCCACAAGCUGCUCACCCCCUCCAACAUUAACUUCUACUUCAGCCGCUACAACUUUUGAACCGUCCUCCAUCUCCUCACCUGUCUUUUCCUCUUUGUUAUGGACUGGAUGGGGUGGAGUCACGUCUCUGACGUAGGACAGCGUCUUAAGAGGGACAUGAGACCAUAGCCUACCUACACACAUCCAAAAACAACUUUUACUUAUUUAUGUUUUUUAAACUGCAAAAUGAUGUCAGUUAUUGUUGUAAAUUUCAGUAUCGGUAAAUUUUCGGUUUAUUGACCAGCCCUACUGUAAAAGGCCUGUUACCACAUUUCCUUUCACACAAAUACUUCCUCUAUUUCCAAUUCUAGUGUUUCUAUAACUGAUGCUGUUUCUUCUGCGACUACUGGACUUUUGUAACCCACUGCUGUCACAUCCUGCACUGCUGCUGUUACUCUUCCUCUUCUUCCAGCUGUUCCUCUUCCUCUUCCUCUUCCUCCUGCUCUUUGAAGUCCCUGAAAAAAUAUCCUGUCUUUCCUCCUCAGGUCACAGUCCCUCUGCUCCUGGUGAACUCCUCAGACGACCCUCUAGUCCAUCAAUCUCUGCUGGCGAUUCCACGCGCACUCUCAGGUAUAAAUAUAUAUUCAUCAGCAACACGUCAGUAUGAAGUGGUGACUUGACUUUAAAGAAAGCAAAAAAUACAUGAUAAACCGAUAUAUUUAGGCAGAAAAACUUCACCGGGAUCUCUUUUAAUAUUCAUCCGUAUUUGCAAAUUCCGCGUACAAACACGAAGUUCAAAUUUCUGUACUGCAAGAGGUUUGGUUUUCUUUGGUCCUCAGAAUUAUAAUCUCACAAUGAUAAAUUAAUCUAUACAAAGAGGUCUCUGCUCACGAGUGCAGCUAAUAUUUCAGCUUAACCAAACUAUCUGCCUGAGGACGUCUGUGUCUGCACACUGAGGUCAGAGGUUGUGCAGAAAUAGGAAACGUAAACACAGAGAGGACAGACACACAGAGGCUUUAUCUGUGUCUGACGUAGGGCAUAUAUAGUCCAAAUAUUGUGAAUCAGAAAUAAUCCAUUUGAUUUUCUUUAGAAACAAGCUUUUUUAAGUUGAUUUCUUCCUCUCUUGAUGAAAUGACAGUGACCUGACAAAGUUUGCAUUUUAACUUUUCAAAGAUCGACCUUGUAACACUUUUUUCAAGAGAGGUUACAACCUUUUUAUUUUAAGUCAGUCAUGAAAAAUUCAGUUUUUUUCUCUAGUUUAUACUGCGUCUGUGUUACUUACAAUUUACCGUGAAACUGAGACCUUAUCGAGACAGAUAAACAGGCGCUGCUACAGAAGAUGGAAUAAGUCAAGACAUGACGUUAUUUGAUUUCAUAACAUCAGCCGUCCAUACAUCAUAAAACUCAAUUAUUCACACUUUUAUUGAGCGUUAAAAAGGAAGUAUGCGUCAUGACCUCCUCCUCUACCUGUUAAAUCAUGCUGCAAAGUCCUCACGCUUCACUAAACUGUUGCCAUAACACUUCAUGUGUAAAUGGUUGUGAAUAUUGAGCGUGUCCCAAAUAUCAGAGACUUUAAACUCGGACCACAGAGGACUAAAUGAACCUGCUGCCCCUCCUGCAGAGCCGGACACCCGAGCCGGAGUCUUAAGUGCUGAAAAAGUCUUGUCGGAGCUUUCUGCUCAACACCGCCCUGCACAGACUGUCUUGUUGAAUUUUUCAGGGCCAUGUGAUAUGCCUGCGCUGUUGGAUUAUAAAUAUAGAGCAGUGCGUGUGCAUGUGUGUGUGUGUCCAGAAUCAGCGGCCUGGUCUUGCCCAGUAGGUCACAUGCACGGGUCCCUGUGUGUGUAAAUCAGUGAGUGUAAUGACUGAGACUGUGACAAGUGAAAUCCUAGACCUGUCCUCUGCUUCAAGGAGACGUGAGCGUGCACAAUUGAACUUUUUCUCUUUUCCGUCAGUAUUUACAAACUCAAUUUUUUCUUUUUUGCACAAGUGUCUAAGUGGUUGUGUUUUUAUAAUUUUUAAAUAAUCUAUAGUCUGGGUUAAUUUUAGGAGGUUUGGUUUGCAGAGCUGCUUGUUUGUCAGUCAGCUGAGUCCCUGAAAAACCUUUGGCCUAUUUUCUCUAAAGUUUGUGGAGCAGUUGAGCAUCAGCCAAGGAGGCAUUCAUUAAAUUUUGAAGGAUAUUCAACUCCCAAGUAACAAUAUAAGGUUCCUGUGGAUCCUUUUAAUACAAUUAAGAAGUCUUAAAUAAGAUUUUUUUAAACCUAAGACGAAAACUGUCCUCUAAAACUCGUGUUAACGGAUGAGAGAUCUUUAAUUUUAGAUGGGGCUUUAUAUAAGACAUGACCAACAACACUUUGGUGUUAUGUGACUUUUUUGUUUUAUUUUUUGAGCAUUUGUGAAUUAUGUUUAAGAUAAAAAAUAUGGGGAGUGCACAGCAGGGCGAAACAGGUAUUUUUAGGUGAUGUGCCAAAAUCAUGUACAGCUCCUGUGAGGAGUUUUAGCUGGUCAUGAAAUGUAAGAAAAACCAAGAGUAAAGGUCUCUUAAUGACGAAAGCAAAAAAGACAAUUUGCAAAAACAUGAAUGACUUCUAUACUGUAAUUUGUAAUGCCUUUAAUCACUGCAAGAUUCCUUUUUUGCCCUAAUUUACAUCAUAACCUUUAAAUAUACAAGACAUAAUCAGCAAAUAGAUUUAAUUAUCAUGUUGUCCACAAGGGGGCGCAGAGAUCAACAUUAACAGAAAGUUUCUGUUAGGAGCUUUAAGGACCGUGUCGACCAAGGUGGGUUUUUUUUGCACUGGGAGUGUCCACAACCUUAAUUACAAGGUCCUUCUCACUGGUGUUUACUGUUACCAGGUUACAGACCGUUGGGUUUAGGGUUAAAGUUUGGAUCAGGGUUAGAUUUAGUUAGUUUGUUUUAUUUUUCAAACUAGCUCUAGGGAAAGCUCUAAUUCGCCCCUGAAAGUGAGUGUAAGGGUGGUUACUUUCUCUCCUCCAUGGACCUCAAAUCAUUGUUUGAAAAAAAAAAAGGAAAAGCAGAGAAAUGUGAAGUAUCUUGUUGACUAAAAACAAAGUUAUUUUCCAACAGUUUGAAGCGGUCAAACCAGACCAACAAGAAGGGCAAAUAUCAGACUUCUGUUUGUUUGUUUGUCUUAUGACGUGAAGUUUAAACUCCGACUGGAUGUUCAAGUUUUCUGCUGAACACAUGAUGAAGGAGCUGUUUACUGACAUGUUAGACAUCAUGUUUUACAGUCUGUUAUCUUAACGCCAAGUGUGAGCUCGGCUCCUGUCCAACUGAACGGAAACACUGCAGACUCUGUUCAUUUGGUGUGAAAUGAAAUCUGAAACAAAACCCCGUAAAUCCGUGUCCUCCUGAUCAAUUUUCUACAUCACAUGAGCCUCCAUGAUUGGUUAAACUGUGCAGCGCUUACUUAGUUCAGUUGGUGGUUUACAGAACAUGCAUAAUGAAUGACAGGCUCUGCUGACCUUGUGUCCGAGCAGAUGUUGCACGGUGACAUUUCUGCAUUUUAUCAACUGGAUGACGGAGUAAACAGUUUUCUUCCUGCAGAUUUCUGACUGCAGAUGCACACCAUUGUCCAUUAGUGAACGUCGAUCAUGGUUUCUUUUAAGUAAAGGGAGAAAUGCAGCUGAAAUGCUUUUCUUUUUUUUUUGGCAUUAAAGCUCCUAUCAGGAAAUUUUAGCCCCCUGGUGCCCCCUUGUGGGCAAAGCAGUCUUUGUUUAGCUUGUCCUUUUGAUCAUUUAUCGUAAACAUUUUAUAUGGAAAAUGUUUCUAUGGCAGCUGGACUCACACCUAUCCUCUCACACUGGUUUCAGGCGUUUCAAAUUUAAGUAUAAAAAUGGUUGAUCUUGUCUCUGAUGGUCUUGUUUGCUUUUGAAGCCCAAAAAAUGUCAUAAAUAUACAUUUCAGUCCAUUUUAUAAAUGUUAAAAUUCUCACAUGAGCUUGAUCUAGAGAAAAAACAUCCCCAAAAUCCCUUAAAACUAUUUUAUAAAUCAUUAAAAAAACCUCUACAUGGGAGCUUUAAGGUAAUUUUAAAUCCUUUGUAUGACAUAGAAAAGAAAACAAGACCAUCAGCAACAAGAUUUAGGAUUUUUAUACUGUUAUUUCUGAUUUCUCAAACAGAUGUGAGGGGUUAGGUGUCAGCCGUGUAGUUAAAGAAAAUGAGACAUCACUUAAGUGUGUUGAGGACAAGAUAAGCACUAACUGCUUUGUCCACAGGGGGCGCCAGAAUGGACUCAAACCAAAAGUCCCUUACAGGAGCUUUAAUGCUUCUUAAAAGUAUACACAAUCAAAACUUUCAUUGAGUUCAUUGAGGGAAAGAAAACAUAAGACAAUGGACCCCAAAUCAAGGUUAAAACCAAAAUUAAAGCAGUGUCACUGUUAAGCAUGGGAAAUGUUAGCUUCUUCAGGCUCUACACACCCGCCUCCUCCCAGCUGUGAAAUAACCAGUUCGAUCAUCAGAGGAGAUUUGUUCUUAGUUUUCAUGAUGAUAUUUGAGUCUUUACCCAGAAGAGCUGAGCUGACAAUCAUCUUUCUGUGUCUUUUCUUUGCAGAAAAAAUGCCCAAUGUGAUGUUCGUUCUGACCCAACACGGAGGCCACUUGGGUUUCUUUGAGGGAGCUGUGCUGUUCCCUCAACCGCUCACCUGGAUGGACAAGGUAAUCGUGGAGUACACGGACGCCAUCUGUCACUGGGAGAAAAAGCAGCCGGCCUGCCAGAGGAGCAGCCACCUGAGCACAGAGCUGCCAUCCAGCGGGUAGCAAACAUAUCUGUAAAGAGAGGAACCGUCGACCAAAACACAAACUCAGCCUCUUGUUUUCUUCUCAGCUUAAGUACGAACGGUCUUAUGAAGCUUUAGGGAAAGUGCAGGGAUCCCUAAAUAGGCUGGAAACAGGCAGGCUGAGUUGACGUGGGUACACAAAGUUGUAAACUGAAACUCAUAUCAGAUGAUUAUACUGGAAAAUGUAACAUGACCCCAUGUUGAAUUGUUCCUUCCUCUUGUUGUCAGCUUAACUCCAGCGUCACUGGUCUUCACCCUCUGCUGGUUUUUGGCAGCUGUGCUUCUUGAGUCUGGAUCGUUGUAGGGUUAUAUAAUAAGUCAGGGAGGGUCACCAAAACUGUAAUAAGCAGCCCUUAAACUUCACUGAACUCUUCAAUACUCACAAGCCUGUUUACAUUUAUAUAUACCAGGCAUGUUUUAUAAAUCCAACUGCUCUAAAAUCUGGAGAAUGUAAAGCGCAGCCUGAAAAUCUUAACCAGGAAGACAUCUGUAGUGACAGACCUCAGACAGGCCUAAUUAUAAAAGUACCAAGUGCCUUGAUAUGAAAGUUAAUCUGCGACAAGUUUGGGGGUUUUUUGGGCAGAUUUUGUGUAGCUGAGCUACCUCAAAUAACACAGCAGUGUGACAUUCGUCACAGUCACACGGCGGUCAUUGUCCUCUGUCGUCAUGCUCAAGGUUGGACCUUCAAAUACUCUUCAAAUGUUAUAGAACCGUUAAAAUUUGAGGAACAAAACAAAUAAUUUUGAUUUUGCUGCUUCUCAGUUGAUCCAAACUCAAAAUACAAUAAAUAUUAAAAAUGAAGGGACCAAAUUUUAGAUUAAAACAACUGACAAGAUUAUGUAUUUACACUGUUAGUCAACAACUUAAGUCACCACAAAACCACCGAUCCAUAGCUAAUUAUUAUUACAAAGAUUAUUAACAUUAAUGAUCUGAUAGAGAUACAUACAGAAAAGGAUUAGGGCCACUGGAAAAUAAAAAAUAAAAAAGGUCCAAAAAUUAAUUAUUAUUCUGAGAAAAAAAGUGAGAAUUCUGAGAUUAGAGUCAGAAUUCAGAGAAAAGGUCAGAAUAAGAAAAAGUCAGUUAUCCUCACAAGUUGAAUUCUGACUUUAUUCUCGAAAUUUCAAGAAAAAAGUCAGAAUUCUGAGAGAAAUAACCUUUUUUCUUAGAAUUCUGACUCUUUUUUCCAUAUCCUAUGAAUACGUAUAUUGGACCUUUUUUUUCUCAGUGGCCCUAAUCCUCUUUGGUAGAUACAGAACACAAAACAAAAUGAGGUAAAUUUUUGACAGUCAGAUUAUUAGCCUGCUGAAAUGGUGGAAUAUUUCAGUCUACCUAAAAAGAUACCAUCUUUUUUUCAGAUACCAUCAGUUUGUUUAUAUGAUUUAGAAAAACACUCAAAUACUGCGUUAGGAAAUAAGAAAAGUGAUCUUCCUACAUCAGGAGUGACGUCAGAGAGACAUGGCCGUGCUGUGAAUAAGGUCAAUGAUUUCCAGAGGUUUCAAGCCUGAACACCUGAAGUGUUCAGUGAAACUGGACCUCUUCAUCACCAAGCAUCUUCUAACAAAGACAUUUGAGCUUCUUCAUGCAGAGAAGAGUUUAUAAGUAUGUAUAUGUGGAUGAUUUCCAUCCUGUUAGGUGGACCAUCAGCAUUCAUUGAUGCUGUUGAAAAGAUUUAAAGGUGUCAGGUUUAGAAAAAUGAAGUUUACGACUUACUAAAACAGAAAAGAGGAGGAAACAUUUUCACUCGUCUCUUCUGUGUUUUUGUAAAGACUACGGUUACUUCUUACGUGACGUUCUCCACUUAUUGUGCAGCUUUCUGUCAGCUUAUCCUGUUAGGGUCAUUGAAUUGUUCCACUACAGGUGACUAUAGUUUUUACCGUCAUCUGUAUCGUCAUAACAAAAUCUGAUGCUUUAUACCUUAAAUAGUGUUCGACACAGUUUACACGGCAACACUGUGUGAGCUGCAGAGCAAAACUGGGUCAAACAGUGAUCAUAUAAAAGUAGAAGUACAAUCAUAGAAUUUCAGUUUAUGCUGUGACCAGAAUAAAGAACCAAAGCACAAAUAACGUUCGGGUUAAAAAGUUGCUUUAAUUCACUUUUUAGCCACCCUGCUGCUGAAUUAAUCACAUGGCUUUGGCAAUAAGGUUUUAUAUUAGACAAUACUUCAAAUAAGGACUAAUUGAAUGGUUGCUCAAGUGACACAGAUUUUUUUAGGGGUUUGUUUAAAGCUGCUUAUGCUCUCAUAACAGACAGGUGGAGUUUUCCACUUAAAACGAGUUCAUACGGCUGAUGGAGGAGAAAAGGCGGGAAAAUGUGUAACGCACAAACAUAUCCAUGCUCUGCCUCUUCUCUAUAAUUCUGUGGGGAAUUCAUUCGAUCUUUAAUAUUUACAUAAAAGGAGGUAAAGUUUAUGUGGAUUUUGUUUUUCUACUUUCAUGUCAGUGACGUCCGGUCAGAACCUCCACCCAUCGUUUGGUUUAAAGUAAUUUUAUCUGCUCCUUAAAAGUUGAAUUUGACCUUAAACUCCACCUCCUAAGUAUCUGUUUGUGCAAUACGUCCGAACUCUUAAAGAUACGGACAGCUUAGCCUGCACUUUAAUGUCUAUAAAGUUCUGAUUGUUCUGUGUCGCACGGUUAUAUGUGUCGACAUAUUGUUGUAACAUUUAAAUCAUUUGUUCUUAAGUGAUGUACAGCUGUGGCUGAUUGUUAUUUUGACUUACCUGUUAAUAAAUAUUUUUCACAUAAUC